UAAAGAAAGCUUUCCUUUAGAAAUAAAAUAACAGCAUGCAAUAAACAAUAACAUUAAUAAAAUAACUUGAAAACAAAAUCAGUCCUUAUUAACAUUGAACCACAAUAAACAAUGACUUCAACAUCAAACGUUUUAGCUAUUGGAACGGAGGAGACCAUCGACAACUUCGACAUACCAUCCGAAUUUGAGAAACGAAUAUAUAUCCUAGAGACCCGAAAAGCUAAUUUUCAAAAAUAUUUUGAUGAACACUUACAGAAAAUUUUACUAAACGGAGGUAAACCACUGAAAAGUGAACCUGAUGAUACUGCUGUCAAAAGAUUUUCAGCAUGUGAAAUUAAGAAAAAUGGUUACAAAUAUGAGUUUGGAUCGAAAUUUAAAGAGAACGGAUGGUUAAUAGAUGGACCUUCAUUUGAGCCCAAAGGCGUACUUAGACGAGUCAAGAAUCGAAUAAGCAAGGACCAUUGGAUUAAUGAUAAUGUGGCUAAAUAUAGCAAGGAUUCCAGAGGCUUUAUACAAACAACAGUUAGUAAUGCAUUGGCUGAGGAACAAAUUGAAAUAUACCAAUAUUUAUGUUAUCUUAAAGAUAGUUUCAGCAAUAAGUAAAAGGUUCAUGCAAUAUUCUAAAAUAAAAUAAUUAUGUCCACCCUA